GCUGUGCACAGUGUGUAAGAGAGAUUUCAGGAGUCUCCCGGCGUUGAACGGUCACAUGCGCUCGCACAGCGUCUUCAGAUCGGCCACGUGUUUGAAAAAGGGUGAGGUUCCGCCCGUCCACAGCUCGGUUGCCAUGGUGAGGCCGGUCUCUGUGCCCGUCCAAUCCAGAGCGGCGUCCAAGGCGUGUAGGAGUGGACAGAGGAGAUGCUGUCGCUCGUCUCCGGCCACUGGAGGCGCUGUGCUCUACCGCAGCCUGAUGCACCUGGAGGAACAGGAAGUGGUCACUAGGGGCAACGCAGCAGCCAGAGAGGUUAAAGGUCAUUACACCCCUCCGCCCAUGCUGUGUCCGCUCAGGGCAGGGCCGGGGCUGUACUGCUCCGUCACCACCAGGGGGCAGCGGAGAGCACAAAGUGUCCAACUUCACAGUUCACACAAUGGACUCUGUGACCUUGUUGCCAUGGAGACACCGACAACGGAGAUCAAUAAGCCGAGGAUCAAUGUAGGGCGGGGCUUCCAGGCCGAAAUCCCACCCCUGCGCAACCAUAAAUACGCCCACUUGGAAUCCCAGAAUGCACUGUGGCUGUGGACGCCGUGCGACGAGCUGGAGAAACCUGUCAAUCAACAGAGAGUCACGACGCUGCAGACGAUGGCUCGAUCCAGUGUGGUGCCAGGGGGCGGGGCCAGCCCAGAGUACGCCCUCCACGUCCUAUCAGAGAGCGGAGGAGACUUUCUGCUGACGGUGGAGAAACUUCUGUCGACUCCUGAAUCCUGCAACAAAAACCACGCAGGUGUGAGGUGGAGCGCGGCAGAGACGAGCUCGCUGGUCAAAUCUCUGCGGCUCCAUCGUAAAGAUUUCAGCAGAGUUCAGAGAGCG